AUGAACCCCAUCUCGGAAUCUGGCUUGCCGCGAGCACCUCAAAAUGAGCGCUUAUCCAUCUUGCAGGGGCCUUCGCAGCCGGAAUUAUGGGAAGUGACCGUUGGUGAUCUCGCCGAUGCUCAGGCCGCAAAGUAUCCUGACCAAAUCGCCGUGGUCAGCUCGUGGCAGUCGGCCCGUCUUACUUAUCGUGAUCUCUCCAGUCGAAGUAAGCUUGUAGCGAGAGCGAUUCUUGGAGCAGGAUUGCAGAAGGGGGACUGCAUAGGCGUUCUUUCUGGCAAUUCAUACCAGUACCUUGAGAUCUUCCUUGGAGGGGCUCGCGUCGGCUGUCCUGUUGUAACUUUCAACAACACAUACUCUCCCCAGGAAUUGCAUGCUGCGAUACGUCAGAGCGAUUGCAAAGUGUUGUUCAUCGCCCACACUAUCGGUGGCCGGCCGAUGGGAAAAUAUGUCGAAAAGCUACUCCAAACACAGUCGGAGACGGUUCUUCAACACAUCACCAUCAUAGGAAAGUCUGAGUUCUCAAGCAAUAGGAAUGGGAUUCAGAUUAGCUCUUAUGAACCAUUCCUCGAAGAAUUGCUCCAGGAUGUGGACAACACAGCCUUGGCUAAGGCGCAGCAGAAUGUUCAUCCGUCCGACAUUUUGAAUCUUCAAUUUACAUCAGGCACGACGGGUCUACCCAAAGCCGCUUGCCUAACACAUCGAAACCUGAUCAAUAACGCCAGAUUUACGGGCCAUUCCAUGCUUUUGACAGCAGACGACGUCGUGUGCUGUCCUCCGCCUCUCUUCCACUGCUUUGGCCUGGUCAUGGGCUUCUUGUCGUCAUUCUGCCACGGCAGCGUCUUGGUCUUUCCAUCUGAUAAUUUCAACGCCCUGAAAACCCUCGACGCUGUGGUCAAAGAGAAGGCCACUGCCCUACUUGGAGUCCCGACCAUGUUCAUCGCAGAAUUGGAAGCCUUGGAAGAAUCAAGACACCGAGUCAACACUGUUAGGACAGGCUUGGCUGCCGGCUCACACGUGGCUCCAUCAUUGAUGGCCAAACUCCGAGAGAAGAUGCAGGUGCAAGGGAUGCUCAUUGCCUACGGAAUGACGGAAACCAGCCCCGUGACAUUCAUUACCUUGCUCAACGACACAGAGGACAGGAUGUUCAACAGCAUUGGGAAGCUAUUUCCCCACACCGGCGCCAAGAUUGUUGGCAAGGACGGGAAGAUUGUCCCUAUAGGAACCAAGGGCGAAAUCUGCACGAGCGGAUUUGCCUUGCAGAAGGGCUACUGGAAGAAUGAGGAGAAGACGCGAGAAGUGAUGAAGUAUGACGACGACGGCGUACUGUGGAUGCACACCGGCGACGAGGGCUUCAUAGAUGCAGAUGGAUAUGGCCACAUCACCGGCAGGAUCAAAGACACUAUCAUUCGUGGUGGCGAGAAUAUUUCUCCCGAGGAGAUUGAAGACUGCCUACUUGAGCAUCCUGAUAUUCGGGAAUGUUGUGUCGUUGGACUCGCGGAUCCAAAGUACGGUGAGGUUGUGGGGUGCUUUGUAAAGAAGGCCCACGACAACGCACCAAACCUGCCUGGCGCAGCUGUUCGUAGUUGGGUAGGGAAAAGGCUAGGACGAAUCAAGGAGCCCAAGCAUAUUUUCUGGCUUGGUGAACAAGGUGUUGGUUCAUCUUUGCCUAAAACUGGCAGUGGCAAGUAUCAAAAGCACUUGAUCCGUGCCACUGGGAACCAACUGUUGAAGAAGUCAACCUUGGCGAGAGUGUGGAAGCUUUGA